AUGUGGCACGUAAGGUUGUUAAACACACACUUCAACCCCAAGGUUGUUUAUGAUGGACACCCAACAUUGUUUACCAUUAAGUUGUACCAUGGAGGUGAGUUCAAUAAGUACCCUGAUGUUCGUUACAUUGACGGAACUGUAAACUAUGUGGACAUGGUAGAUAUAGAUGAGUUUUCAGUUCAUGAGCUCGAUGCAAUCACGAAAGGUUUCAGAUAUGGGGUUCUUCCUGUUAUAUACUACCAUUUUCUUGUGCCUAGUGGAGACUUCCACUUUGGUCUUCGCCCUUUAGGAAAUGAUGAAGUUGUUGCAAACUUUUAUCAAUAUGUCAAUGAGCACAAAGUGAUGAUGUUAGAUGAACCACAUGAGGAUGUUCAACACAAUGAUGAAGCUCCUGAUGACCAAUCAAAGGAAUCACCUGUGAUGACUACACCUACUAAUGUGGUGCCCACUCAACCAAACGAAACUAAAAUCCAAGUUAAUGAAGUACUUCAAGUCGUAUCCUUAUCACAUGAAUAUAAUAAGAGAAGGGUUAUGAGCAAGGAUGGAGUGAUGGCAUCUUGUAGUAAGAAAAUAUCCUUUGAUGUUAUUAGUGAGAUUGAGCAGAUAGCCAAAGACUUUGUUGAGGCACCUAUUCCUUUUGAUAUUGGACUCUACCAAGAAAUACUACAAAGCAAUAUUGAUGGAGUCAAUGGUCCUGACAUGCAUGAUGUGAAUGAACCUCAAAUGGAUGAAGAAAACCAACCUCAUAUGGAUGAAGAAAACCACCCUCAGAUGAAUGACUUUUGGGAUUUUUACUAUCAAAAUGAUGCUUGUGUCCAAGAUGGAAGUGAAAACCAAGCUGAGUCUAACGUGGAUAGUAAUGGAAAACAAAAUGUCAGUGAGGUUGAAAGUAAAGAAGGAAGUGAAACAGAGCAGGAAGAUGAUAGGGAUGAUAGUGAUUAUUGGGUGGAUGAAGAUAGUGUAAUUGAAUAUGUUGAAGUUGAUAUGAGGGAUUUUAACAUGAGUAUUGAUACAGAAGUAGAGUUCUUGGAUAAAAGGAUUAGGAAUCCUAGACAACAUCAGAGUGAUUAA